AUGCCUCUCGACACAUCAACCACCUACCCUCUCACCAAACUCCGUCUCGAUGGCCGACGAUGGAACGAGUUACGUCUGCUACAGGCCCAAAUAUCCACAAACCCAGCGAGCUCGGGCUCAUCGUAUCUAUCCAUGGGCAACACGGCUAUCAUGUGCACCGUCCACGGCCCACACGAGUCCAGCGGCGCGGGAAACGCAGGUGAAGCAGUGGUUGAAGUUGAUGUGAAUGUGGCUGGGUUCGCCGGGGUGGAUCGGAAGAGGAGAGCUGGGGGGAGUGACAAACAAACACUACAACUAUCAAACGCGCUUCGCUCAGCUUUUCAAUCGCAUUUACAUACCUACCUCUAUCCACACAGCACAAUCAGCGUGCAAGUCUCCGUACUCUCAGCAGAUGGCUCACUACUAGCCGCCGCCAUCAACGCAUGCACACUGGCCCUGGUGGACGCAGGGAUUCCGAUGCCGGGGAUGCUAUGCGGAUGCACGGCGGGGAUGAGCGGGAGUGCUUCAACACCGCAGGACUCCAGCAACGACGAUUCGUCGCUCGACCCGCUUCUUGAUUUUUCGCUACCAGAGGAACAGGAAUUACCAUUCAUCACAAUCGGAACCACAACCGCGCUUCCCAUGGGCGAGAACAACAAUCUCGAUGAAGACGGCGAGGAAGAAGAGGGCGAAACAGAUGAUAUGAAAGUCUCUAUCCUGAAUAUGGAAAGCCGCAUGCACAAUUCGUAUUUGGAAACGUUACUGGCCGUCGGCAUUGAUGGGUGUAAACAAAUCAGAGAGAUUCUGGAGGGAGUGGUCAAGGGCUCGAAUACGUCGGUUGUGCCGCGGGGUUAUAAAGAUGAUGACGAUGAGGAUAUGUGA